GGCAUGAGCUGGGGCUUCUCUGCCUUUUCCGCUCCCACGGCCUUCAGGGGCGGGUGUCCUUCGGGGGCCCCCGCCGUUCAACAUGUAUCAGCUACACUCUUCCUUCCUGUGGCUUCAGUGCAGAUCUGCCCCCAAAUGUGGAGACGCAAUACUACUUCUUCCCAAGGAUUUGAAUCCUGCACUUGAGGGAUGCAGAAGGAACAUCAUCACCUGGCACUGGGAGAUUCAACUAUAGGCUGUUACAUGGCUGCCCUUGACAUGAGCCCCAUGCCUCUGGUGUGAGAAACCAUUUCACCUGUUACUGAUGUUGGUGAAGACAAGGCCUUCCUAAUUAAAGGCUUCCAAAUGUUUCUCAUGGUGAGGUGUGAUGGAGCUGGGAAGUGAUGGACCUGGUAGUGCUGCCAGCAAAAGGUGAAGCUUGCAUGGAGUUAAAGAAACAAGAUAAGUGUGCCUGAGGAAGGGACUGUGCUGUGUCUGCAGCCUCCCUGGGUGAAGAGGCAACUCUCAAACUAGCAUAUGAAGAAUGGAGGUGGAAGAUUGCUGAUGAAUGGGUUACACUUGCAUGAACAGCAUUAAAAAAGCCAAUGUGUUUUUACCUAACUGGUAAUGUUUGCCUGAUGUUGAUUGGAGUGAAUAAAAAUCUGUAAACUCUACCUGGCAUUGUGACCUCCUUUCUGGCUGGAACAGCUUGAUGCAAAGUACCUCAGGCUGCUAUAUUUAAAUUUAAAAUGCUUAAUUUAGAGCAGGGACUAAACUAGGCUAGAUGCUAGUCCUGCAAGUGUCUUAAGUGAGGUGUCAAAUACUGCUGGUGUGCAGGCUGCAAGGGGGGGCCAUAUUUAGAGAAAGCUAAAUAGCUUAGGGACUAUUUCAGGUGUUUUAAGGAGAGAGCUAAACUUACUAGUUGUAUAUUUGCUACUAAGUAAUAGUCUACCGGUAAUCCUGGUAUUGUGUUCAGGUGCAGAUCUUCUCAGAACAAGUGUACAGCUUGGACUUGGUAACCCUUUUCCAAGGGUUCUGGAUUUAAACGCAACACUUGGUCUUCAGGAGGGAAAAAAGUUGGAGAGGCUUCAGUACUUCAUAUUUCUCUGGAAAUAGACUUGGGUCUGUCUUUGAAAGAAAAUGCAUUGAGAGCUGGAAAAUACGUCUGGAUACAUUUGUUUAUUGCAGAGACAAAGAGGUAAGACUGUAGUGUAAACCAAACCAGAAGUCCCCUUGAGAUAUGUGAUAGCUCAGCUGUAAAAGCUGUAUAUAAGUAGAGAGAAUUGUGAUGUGGGGAAAGUAGAAGUAAAGUUCAGGUGUGGUAAGUUGUAGUCAGUGUAUUGGAAAGUAGUGGAAAAGUUAAUACAGCAACAACAAAAGGUCUGAAGGAAACUUCUCAGCUCUGAGGUGCUGAGAAGAGGUUUAGAAGAGCUAAAGGAGUUUAGUGCUUUACAAGCACUAAUGCUUGUAAACACAAUGCUUAAAGUAGCAGUAAAAUGCUUCAAAAGAGAUCUCAAGCCCUUCCCAGUUUCCUUGCAACUGCUCUAGAACUCUUUUCUGCAGUUCUGGAAUUCCUGCUUAGAGACAGUGCUAAAACUCUUCUGAAGCCCUCUAAAACCACUCUGAACCGAUGUAAACAUCCUAUAGACUGUUCUAAGCAGCCCUAAAGUCCUGUGAAAUGUGCCAGAACUCUUGUAAAGCCCUAAACUCCUUUAGCUCUUCUAAACCUCUUCUCAGCACCUCAGAGUUCCUGUAAACUGAUCUAAAGCUGCUCUGUGUUGCUGUAAGUAGCCCUAAUGUGUCUUUAAAUGCAUCUAAAUCUCUACUGUAUAACUCAACUCCUGCAGCUGGCUUUAAAAUUCCUCUGAGGAGCUCCAAACAGCUCUAAAACCCUUUUAUGCCAAUCUCUGGCUCCUGAGGGUUCUAAGUAGCUCUAAACCUGUCCAGGCUACUGUAAAGCUUCUCUAAUGUGCUGUCAACACCAUGAGGUAGCACUAAAACUGCAUUAAAAUACUCGGGAAAUCUUGAGGACUUCUCUAAAUGGCUCUGUAGAGCACUGUCUGUGAACUUCCAGAAAUACACUGGUGCUUUGGAGAGAUGGCAGAGGUUGCAAGAGCUGCAAUUACUGAGCCUGGAGAAAGAGAAAUUACCUGUGGGAAUGAGAGUCUAGAGAAAGGGGAUUUCUGGAAGACAAGAUGAUCCUCUAAGAAGAGGGAUGUAUAUGUACUUGUAAGGAGCUGUUAAUAAGGCAAAAACCCAGAGAGUGAACUCUGCAUGCAAACAGCCUAUGGUGAGCAUAUUUUGGGGUGGAGGAGGAAUACCAUAGCCCCAAACUCCUGAGGUUAUUAUGUGAAUCCAUGGAAAAUGUGCUCCUGAAUCACACAACAGGGGAUUGUUCUCUCUGCAGGCACUGGGAGCUCUCAAAACAUGCUCUAAUGGAGGAUCUGAAAGUGCACACUGAAGACAAUCUUUUAAAAUAUUUUUUGGAAGCUUAUUGCAAUGAAUCUGUUCAGGGCAGUACCUUGUCUUAGGGGAUGCUCGUAGUCUGCUGGUCAGAUCUUCUGAGAGCAGAUUUGAAUCCUGGCCCAGCUGCAGUUCUGGUGGGAUGGGGAGGACUGUGCUGUGCAUCACUGCCAUGGAGCCCACACUCCACUAUGGACACACAUCUGGUAAAACCACAUGUUGGGCUGCAUGGCAGGAGCAGAAAGCCUGAGCUCCAUUUGCCUUUCUCACACAGGGACAUGGAUCUGUCUGUGUGUCCCAGAGCAGGGACACUGCACUGUUAUUGGGAGUGCUUCCAGCACCUCAGCAGGGCUGUGAGGACAACACUGGCUCAAUGGCACCCCGAAAGAAGUUAGAGGGUCUCGUAGCUGCUACCAUCACUCCAAUGACUCCGGAUGGAAAAAUUAACCUCCCAGUGAUUCGUCAGUAUGUGGAUUAUCUGGUAAACGAGCAGAAUGUGAAGAAUGUUUUCGUGAAUGGCACAACAGGAGAAGGCCUAUCCCUUAGCAUCCAGGAGAGGAAGCAGUUGGCAGAAGAAUGGAUGUGCCAGGGAAAAGACAAAUUGGACCACGUGAUCAUUCAUGUGGGAGCACUGAAUCUGCCAGAGUGCCAAGAGCUGGCAAGACACGCAGCAGCCAUAGGUGCUGAUGGCAUUGCUGUCAUAGCCCCCUUCUUCUUCAAACCCACAAACAAAGAUGAGCUGGUUGCUUUCUUGCAGAAGGUUGCAUCUGAAGCCCCUGAGGUGCCAUUUUAUUACUAUCACAUUCCUCCUCUGACAGGUAUGAAGGUUCGUGUGGAAGAGUUGCUGGAUGGGAUAAAAGCACAGAUCCCCACCUUCCAGGGAGUGAAGUUCAGUGACACAGACCUCUUGGACCUGGCACAGUGCAUACACAAGAAUGAAACAGGGGAGUUUGAAUUUCUUUAUGGGGUGGAUGAGCAACUGUUGGGUGCACUGGCAGUAGGGGCAAAUGGAGCAGUUGGAAGUACAUACAACUACUUGGGCCGACAAACCAAUCUGAUGUUGCAAGCCUUUGCAAAGCCAGACUUUGCCUUGGCACAGCAGUAUCAGUUUCUCACUGGGGAAUUUCUCAACUUUGUCAUCAAACUGGGUUUUGGUGUUGCACAGACUAAAGCUGUAAUGACCUCUGUUUCUGGCAUUCCCAUGGGACCUCCACGGCUUCCUCUUGUUGCUGCCUCCAGUGAGUUCAUCAUCAAGGCCAAAGCCAAGCUGGACAGCAUUGUGUGGCCUAAUGGUGACUGAUCAUGGAGACAUGGAGUCAUUACACUGAGAAAGACCUCUAAGAUCGUCAGGUCCAACCAUUAACCUGACACUCCUGAGUCCACCACUGAGCCACAUCCUCAAGUGCCACGCGUAUGAUGUUGUUCACUUCCAUGUCCAUCUGGAGGUUUCUUUUCUGGGAUUCUCUGCCUUGUGACACAUCCCCCACAUGAUGGGCAGGAUUUCUUUCAGGGAACUGGCACUUGUGCCCAAGCUCCUUCCUGUUAGGGCUGGCUUUGCUGGGGCACAUGUGGCCUGAUAUUUUAUACUGCUCCCCUGGAGCUCUGCAUGAUCCAGGACUGACUGAGAUUGCUUAAUAAAAAAAAGCAAAAUUUUCCCAGUUGGAGGAGAGGGCUGAUGACUUUUGCCUAGAAAGGAGGAAGAUUUGUCUCUACCUCCUCUCAGCUGUGUUUUGUCCUGUCCAUGAGGACACUACAUUGUGAAUUUAAACAGCAGUAUGACACCAUCAUUGCUCAGGCUGGUAUCUGUUCAUCAGAGUCACUGGGACAUUGUCUGUGCAUCUAAAAUCCUGCUUCUGUCUCAUCUCUGUGUUUAUAUACCUUAAUGCAAAAUUAAAAAAACAAGUCCCUUUUUUAACAGCAAGCUUUGGAUCACUAAUAAGUGGCUAUUUCUCCCAUUUUUUUUUGAGCUGUG